AUGGUCACGCGAGGUGCCAUGUAUCCUGUGAAGAUCGACGUCUUGCCACGCGCUUGGACGAGUGCCUUUCUCAUCCCAGAGCUCGUACAUCUUAUCCUGGAGAAGCUAGACCGCUCCACACUCGCGGCAGUUGCUCGAACUGCUAAAUCUUUUCAUGUUGCUGCCUCCAGCUAUUUGUGGAAUGAACUGGAUCAAGUUGGCCUAGAAAAUCUCAUCAACCUCGCCAUCGGCGUUGACUAUCAGCCCCUCUGUAUCGAACAUCGAUGGGCGCGCUUCGAUUUAUAUGCUUCUAUGGUUCGCUCGCUGGCGCUCAAUUUCGGCGCUAUGCCUGGGGCCGACAGUGUCCGCCUGACGCGUCAUUUGCAGUUUAUCGCUUCUACUCGAAUCUCUAGCCAAGCCAUGUUACCGAAUCUACGCGUUCUUAGCUUUCAGCUUUCAUCCACUGAGCAUCUAGGAGUUGUGGCGGCAUUUACUUGCCCUUCUCUUCAACAACUCACCGCGUCUUGUACCAUGGAUGAUCGAGUCGACUCGCUGGAGUGGGACGUACAUAUAGGUGCAUUCCUACAUAAACUGCGUUGGCGCUGUCUUUCGCUCAAAUACUUCAAGCUCUACGGAUUUAAAUAUCCGAACGUUGUGUCUUUCCCGGAACUUACGAGUUUGAUAGAAGGCACUGCUCUCGAACAUUUCGAGUCAGACUUCAUCACAUUUCAGCCAAACCUCGUGCAGGCCCUCGGACGUUUGCCGACCCUAAGAUGUCUCGGUCUAGCAGAUGCGGGAAACGACGAAGACUAUACUUCCCUUGAGAGGACUAUGUUUGCCGCUUCUAUCCAAACCGGUAGCUUCGUCUCGCUGCACGCCCUAGACCUCGAGACCACCAGCACUGUUGCGCUCCCCUUGCUCAUCGCCCUGCGUACCGUGCCACUAAGACAUCUCGCCCUCCGGCUUACUGAGAAAACUUUCUCGUCUCCUGUCUUCAAGACUGUCUUCACCUUCAUCCCGGAAUUUGCUGUGACGCUUCUAUCCCUACAUGCACAGCUAGUGGAGACGCUGGAGGACGACGAAGACGACGAGGGAACCCUAGAGUGGAAAACUUUCGCACCACUUUAUCGAUGCCACAACCUACAGUGCCUCAAGUGUAGUGUUGAUUCCCAUGCCGACCUUGAACUGGAUUUCGGAGAUGCAGAUAUCAGGAAGAAGAUGGGGAUGAUCGAACUGAAAGUGACGCAUCCAAGUGGGAUCAAGUCGCUCGAAUGCUCUCGGUGA